AUGGUUCUCAAGACCGAACUUUGCCGUUUCAGUGGUGCAAAGAUCUACCCUGGUAAAGGCAUAAGAUUUGUUCGUGGUGAUUCUCAGGUCUUCCUCUUUGCCAAUUCGAAAUGCAAGAGGUAUUUCCAUAACCGAUUGAAGCCAUCAAAGCUCACAUGGACUGCAAUGUAUAGGAAGCAGCAUAAGAAGGAUAUUGCCCAAGAAGCUGUGAAAAAGAGGCGUAGGGCUACCAAGAAACCUUACUCUAGGUCCAUUGUCGGUGCUACACUGGAAGUCAUUCAGAAAAAGAGAACAGAAAAGCCAGAAGUUCGAGAUGCUGCUAGAGAAGCUGCUCUCCGUGAAAUCAAAGAGAGAGUAAAGAAAACAAAGGAUGAGAAGAAGGCGAAGAAGGCCGAAGUUCAGGCCAAGCUACAAAAAUCUCAAGGCAAAGGCGCUGUUAGCAAGGGUGCUGCACCCAAAGGACCCAAGCUUGGUGGCGGGGGUGGCAAGCGCUGA